AUGUCCCCUACCAUACCCCAUAUUCAAGACCAUACAACUACUGUACCUCAGAAAGAUCAACUAUCCGGCCUUCAGGCGCCCCCAUACAUUACCACUCAUCCUCUGUUAAAGGCCCUUCCCGAGUCUACAUUUCUACCCACCGAGCUCUUGGGAAUCCUCAACCACACUUACUUCUUGCACUUACUUGUGACUGACCCGUCGAAGGUCGUUCCACCGGGCAAGUCACUCUUGUCUGUUCUAGGUAAACCACAUGCUCAAACAUGGGAACCUGGUCGAUUGCAUGAUAUUCAAACUCAAGUCGAAGAUACAAUUCGCCGCGCAUUCUGGGACGCCGCCUAUGAAUCUUUGUCCGCGUCCGACUCAUCUACUCAACUUGCACGCAUCAAGUUAAUAUACCAUGAUUUGCACGAAGCUUUGGAACCUCUACUCCCCAAGGAGCAUACUAUCCUCAUACUGCUCUCGAGCCCGCUCGCUCCAACAUCCGCGCCGCUCAGAUCAGUACUUGCGGAUAUUCGCGACAUCCUGCAUGCUUUGAAACAGCGUUGUGCACCCAUACGCGAUGCAUACAUCGAUAGUCUUCUCGAACGCAUAUCCAAUGUACCUCCGCAUCAGGACCCAGCGGACCUGGCACGGACAAUCAUCGACACCGUCAAAGAUAUCAUGAAGCUCACCGAAGCCAUGCGCGACGAUCUAUCCGAGUUUGUCCUAGGAACACUAGGCGAAGAGCAGUUGCGCCUCGCACUACGGGAUGAGGCGAGAGGGCGUGAGCGGGCUGUCAUCCUAGACCUAUGGCGUGAACCUGGAGCAGUCGGCGCGCAUGUCACCUCUUGGGUCUCUGAAAUCGCACCGCCAUACGCACAAGCCGAAGCCCCUCCGGAUCGGCUUUGGAUUGUGCGCCUGGUGCAAGCUUUGGCCGCCCCUACUCCCGUCGUCUGCCCUCUCCCCACCAAACCAGUACCGGGCACGGACGGUGAACCGCCACCCGAAUUACCCAACCGACUACCGCCUCCCUUCUUCUUCUCGACCCCAGCACUCGAACACUUGCAGAACCUUCUGCAGGCCCUCGUCAUUGCCGCCACAUUACGCGCACUCGUUUCAUCGGCGAGCUCGGGCGCUGACUUCAUGUCCCGCGUAUGGACGCUCUUGGAGUCUGCCAUCGAGUCGGAAGCUCCCGGACCUGAUGAUACCAAACUUGCGAACCUCGCCGACGAGGUCUUGCGCGCGCGCGGACCUGAUAUCGACGCGGAAGAGGUAGCUCGACUACGCGCAGCCGUCGAACGCACACUACAAGUCCGUGAUCCCGCCUUCGCGCUACUCCAGCGGCGCUUGCUAGUAGCGCUCGCCACGCGUCUGGCACAGGCGCCUCGGCCCGAACAUACAGAUGUCCCACGGGAGAUGAGGGCCGGUCGGCAUCGCCCAGGACGAAGCGCCGGCGUGAACACCGCGGCGCUUAUGGACGAAGAGGCCCGUCGCGAAUGGGACGGGUUUAGCGUGAAGGGAUUCGAGGACGCUGAGCUUGUGAAGAGGGUGCGCGAGGUUGGGGCUCGGCUGAAGGCAGAGCUUAGUUGGCUGAGUAACGUCUGGCCAGACGAGCUGCGUUGA